UCAGGCUCAGUGCAAUUUCGACACUCACCAGGUAUCAUCAGGGGUCCUGCCACGAUUGUGCGAUUACUUUAUCUCGAAGAGAUCGAUUUAUCUUUAACCGAGAACAAAGAUAGGAGAGCGUUACGCGAUUCUCGAGGGGCUUUUACCAACUUGUCGCUGGACCAACAACCGAAAGAUACAAUGGAGGAAAGAGGUUCUGAAUGUCGGUGACUGACUAAAGAUUAUCGGAAAAGGGCUCGUUACAUUUGUUCGAUGGACCAUUUAAAAACCUCGUGGAAGGACGUGUUUCGCAUCGUAGAAGGACACAGUUGUUCGGCCUAGGAUUAAACGGAGGAACCGAGUUCCUAAUUGCGAAGAACGGGACGAGGAACGAUACCUGCCAAGGUAUUCUUCCACGACAAAGAACGUUCGAAUCGAACGUUUUCUGCAAUUUUAUCGGACCACGAAUCAACUGUAACCUACUCGCAAACGUCCUCGAUAGCGCGCGUUGAAACAAAACACGUGUGCAUUAUCCCUGUCAAUUAGUACUGUUGGCUGGAAACGUAAACGAACCGGACGAGAAGUUUAGCACGCGAAAGGACAAUUUGUCGGACAGUUUGCGGCGAGUCACCAUAACAAAAACAUAAACUUGUUGGAUCGAGGCAAUUAAGAGGCAUCGAUCGCGAUCUUGCGUCCUACGAGACGACGCGGCAAGAUCCAUCGAGGAGAUUCCCGCUCUUGGCGACAGCGUCGAUCUCGGAACUGUGACGAUUAGAUGAACGUAAUUACGUCGGACAAAAAGGCUCAACCGUAGAGCCUAGGUCCGGAAGCGAAGGGUAAACGAAGACGACGAGUCAGCGGAGUCGGCAAAGAGUAAAAGCGACGUUGCUGGAAGACGAAGCUAUCGGUGAAAGCAAAAGAGAACGAUCGCUUGCAAAAAGGGAGAACCGAGCCAACUCGAUUGUCCCCGGAGGCUUACGAGGCGUGAAACGAGGGCUGACAUUGAAAUCGUCAACCAAAUAUCCUUGUUUACCGUUUCGCCUUUGUUUCUGUUUACUAAGAAAAACUAGAGCGAAUCUCAGCGAAGAAAAUUCUGUGUUGGGAAACCAAGAGGAUAGAGCGAACCUGCGAGCAAGUUUGGAACGAACCGCGAACGACACGGAACGUUAUACGGAGACUUGGAGAAAGUACAAACGAAACGAACGAAACAAGUUUGCAACGAAUAGAAACUUGACAAACAAAUUGCAAUUGGGAAAACUGGAGCGCAACAUCUUCCAAGGUGCAAAACCAAGGAGCGUAGAAUAAUUAUACGUAAAAGUAUAGUACAUACCGGAAACGAGUACCAAGAAAAAGAAAAUAGUGCGUAGCAAUUUUCCGGGUGCUAAGAGAUCGAUCAUCUGGAUCGACGAUCACGGAGCACGCCGCGGCCGUCCGUUUUUCCGUCAAUUGCUGCACAUACGUGUGUGUACGCAUUUCUUGCGUCAACGUCGAUAGCGCGGAAAAGGAAAGAGCAAGAAAUGUAUCGUACUACCGCGAAACAGUUUUAAGAGUGGAAAGUCGCCAGGAAUCGUUCAAUCAUCGGCCGCAUAAAUGUCCGCAGAAGUAUCGAGGUACCAUCGUUUGAUCGCUUAGAAACUUCCGAUCCGAUCAACGUACACGAAGAAACAAGGUCGAUCAACAUUCCCAUGAUGCUGCCAGAUGUGAACAGAGGGGACGAAUAGGGAACAAUUACGAUUGGAACUGGUGGCAAAAUGUGGACCAAGUUGGUGCUGGUCGCGGUGGUUCUGCUUCUGUUAGGAUCGGGAGACUGCAGGCCGCAGAAAACCGAAUCGUCGCAACCGCAGACGACCAAGACAAACGCCGAGGAAUGGAAAUCCACUCAACCUUCCAGUACUCCGAAAACUAUUCGAGAAGAUAGCAGUGGUCAGCUAAACGACACGCGCGAUCUGAAAGACCUGCAGUACAUCGACCAAUCCUUGAGAACUGUCGCCACUCAACUACUGAACGUGUCCAGUCCAGAAGAAACUGGAAAGAUCCUCGACAACGAUGUCGCGAACAAACCCAAUGGUCAAAAAUUAUCCGAGAAAAACGACGUUUCACCAGCGAACGAGACUAUCGUCAAUAACGGCCAGCCCCAGAGCGCGAGUUUCGGUAGACCGAUAAACUCCAAGUUUGGCUACUUCGAGACAAGCCAUCCCGGUCAAGCCAUGGCCAUAACCGAAGAGGAACUCGAGAGAGAGAUGAGCUCGACGCGGCUGAUGACCGCGUACAAAAAUCAUCCGACGACUACCGGUGGAAUUUCUACGUGGAUCCUCUUGAAUCCACCGUCCACUACGAUGAAAACAACAGAGACGAAUAAAAAGACGAAGCAACCUCUGGAAAGCGAAGCGCGCGUUACUGUCAAGCCGACAACUUUGAUGGAGCGAGCGGAGACAACCGAAAGGGUGAUCGAAAGAGUAACGGUACCUAUUUCUACCACGAUCACAUUGGAAGAACCUAUCGGCACGAGGAAGACGGUUACCGCAACCACGAAAAAGACGACCGAUUCGAAGCCGGAAAGGACCCAGAGCAUCGAUAAAAUGGAACCCCUUCGAAAUACGAGUUCGAAGAUCGCCGAAACCGCUGCAAACAAUUUCGAGAGCAAAGAGGUUUCGGUUAGCCCCACCAAAAAGGUUUACACCGUGAGAACGACACCCAAGCCUAAAACUGCCACCAUGAAAACAACCGUGUUGUCGAAACCAACGAUCUCGAAGACGUCCAGACCGACGCAACAACCAAGACCGAAGCCUUUGAUCAGGAGAACCACCGUUAAGUCGGAUAUCGCCAAGAACGAGAACAAUUCCACGGCUAAAGUAGAAAAAGUCACUUUUCGACCUGUCCAGAUGAUCACGAUCCCGAAGAGCAAGCCAGAGACCACGGAGAAGCCCAUGUUCGUGACCAAGAUCAAAGCCUCGAUUCUGAUGGAGACCCAGAAAACCACCGUGCCAUCCGUUUACUCUACGAUCAAUUUGACGACAACCUCGAAACCGACUACGCCUGACGGCGAUUCGAUAGAGAUGCCAGCCAAGACGAAGCCCAUCGUCGCGAAAAACAACGUUUUGAAAGCGCACUUAAAGAAGCCUCUGGACGACACGAAGAUCGAGAUACAACCCAUCAAAGUAAACGCACCUAUUUUGAAGAUCGAGAAAGUCGAGAACGUAGAUCCUAAGGAGGACGAUAGCCUCAACAACUCUAGAAUAGAUUUGAAGUUCGAUUUCAAUCCCGAAUUGACAAAGAUCAACGUGGGCACGGAGACUUUGAGCUCGAGUACAACUCCAACAUCGACGUCGACCACCAAAAGACUCAGGCAGAGCUUAAAGAGGAAGAAGAACAAGAGUCGAAGGCGUAAACCUUCCACUUCCACUUCUACUUCCAGCUCCUCUUACACUACCACGACUACAGUGUCACCUCUGAUGACCAAUAGAACAGAGAUCGAGCUGAUUGCAGAGGAGACAGUCGCCGAGAACGGAAUACAAGAGUCGAAAAUCGUGCCAGAAACGAAAGUAGCCGUUAAUUCGACCAAGACGAAGAAGAAGCCGGCAGAGAAGCCGAUCAGUACUCAGAUCUACAACUUCCUGAGCCGAGAAGUGAUGCCCAGUUUUGGAAUGAUGUCUCUGGUGGGGCUUGGACUAGGCUUGGCCUCCUAUUUCUUGUAUCCCUUUGGAGGAACGAUAGCUCGAAGGAACUACGAGAUCGAGCCCAAGUACAAGUACAACUUGGACGAAUACGGUGGGAACUAUGGCCAGAGCGAAGAGGAGGUUCUAUCCAAGGUUCUUCAAGGCAUGACCACCGACGAGACCAAGUAUCCUGGUAUCAAGGACUACGACAACAAUUACUAUCGAUACCAACACUACGACGGAGGUUACGAUCCUCAGAUGACCAAAAAGUACGAGGAAAGGUACACCACAUCGUCCCCGAUCUAUCGACCGGAGAACACAGCCUCCGUUCUAAAGUACAGGAACACGGACUAUCGAUAUUCCGACUCGUCGAGUACACCCAAUUACUACGAAAGAACUAAAAACUCGGAGUACGUAGCUGGACAAUCCGUUCCAGACUCGGCGAAUCGACAGUUCGUGGUAGGAAACGUACCCAAACAGUACCCACCUUACGAGGAAAAGAUUCCAAGCUUGUCCACUUCUGAAAAGUUUGUAAACGGCUACGAGCCGACGGAGAGCGACCAGCCGCAGAAUUUCAAUUUUCCAGGGAGUUCUGUUCAAGGCUACGGUCAAAUACAAACUGCUAGACCAGAAGAUGGCUACGAAGAAGUCGAGAUCACGCCUACCGCGGUCGCGGUAGAACAUGGCCCUAGAUCGCUAAAGUUGGAGAGGUUCUCUCCCGACUCGAUGGAUUCGUCUUCGUCAGAGUCCGGUCCAGUCCGGUCCAGGAAGAAAAGGGAUUCCGUGAUUCAGAUUAUACCCACCAAGAGGGAGCUCGAAGAGGAGGAGAAGGAAGAAGACCUGAGCAACGAGAUACUGAACAUCAUCGAUUCGGCUCUGCCCGGAGAAAAAAUGGACAACAAGAACAAAAUACAGGACAACGAGGUGGAGGACUUUGAGGCGCAGAGGAGAAGAAAAAAGGAAGAGGAGAAGACGCGUUUGAAGGAAUCCACGAUGAAGGUUCCGACUACCGAAACGAGCACAGCGGCCAGCGUAGAGACGUCCACGCAGGAAUCGAUCUCUUCGGUAACGAAGCAAGUUGCGAAUUCCCCGAUGGAGGUUGAUUCCGAUGAUACACCGGUGCAAGGCUCGACGAGCACCGAACAGAGCAACGUCGAGUGGAUCGAUUUAACCACGGUGCAGCCGUCGGAACAGCCACCCGAACAGGAUGGUUUCAAUAUAUUCAAUGUCGUGAAGAAGAUCGCCGAGAUAAAGUUCAGACUUGGCCUGACGUUGCUUAAACACGCUAGCGAAGGCUUCGCCAGAUACCUUGGUCACGUGCAGAAGAGGAUCAACGGAGAGGAGUGAAAGGUUUUGU